CGUCGAGUCCACGAGGUGGCGGUGUUGAUAUUCACGAGGAGGAGGCGCUCGGCUCGUCACGCAAGACGACAGCCCCGGGUUGUUGUUGAACGUCGCUUUGUCUACUUCUUCUUCUUUGGGCUGCAAGAGGAGGAGGAGGGAGAGGAAGCAGGAGGAACAAUCGGAUCGAAAGUGAGAAGUAGAUCGAGAUGAUUGGAGAGGAAGGCGUUCGCCUUCCAUCGAAAGUUAUCGGGUUCGUCGCCUAACUGUGGUGCAAGGCGAGAGGAGACGAGGAAGAGGAGGAGGAGGAAGGGGGGGGUGGGAAGGCAGGGAAGAUGUCGGCGCAGUCACGCCGCCAGUCGUGCUACCUGUGCGACCUGCCGCGCAUGCCGUGGGCCAUGCUGUGGGACUUCUCGGAGGCCGUGUGCCGCGGCUGCGUCAACUACGAGGGCGCCGACCGCAUCGAGUUGGUCAUCGAGGCCACCCGCGCCAUGAAACGCGGGGCCAACGGGCCCGCAGCGGCCGCCUCCGCUCACAACAAGCAGCCCAAGGACGGCGGCGGUGGCGGCGGCGGCUACGGGCCCGGCGGGGGCGGGUCGGGGUCGGUCGGCGGAUCGGGCGGCGGGCCUCCCGGUGUCGGCGCGGCCUCGCCUCAUUCGGCCGCGGCGGCGGCCGCGGCGGCGGCGAGGAUUUUCUUCGGCAACGGCCACGGGGUCCACGGGGGCCACGGCGGCGCGCACGGCAAGGACGAGCCGCCCGAGCUGAGCCGGCACAGCCCCACGCUGGGGCAGCAGCGCGGGCGGACGGCUGGGGUCAGCGCGGGCACCGUGGGACACGCGGGCAGCUCGCUCUUGCAAGGGUCACGCCUCUCCCGUAAGCGCCGUGUGUCCCCGGAUCCAACGCCGGACCCCUCGAAGCACGACGAGUCGGGGGGCGGCGGCGGCGGCCUCCGCCUGUCGGCGCAGCACGCGCACUGGCUCCACGCGCCGCCCGACCACGGCAUGCGGCUCACCGUGGCCUACCCGCCACCCUCGGGGCCCUCCCCGAUGGCGGCCCUCAUCUCGGCCACCGACAACCUUGCCAGCAGCAGCACCAACGCCGGCCACGCCAACAGCGGCGGCGGCGGCGGCGGCGGAACGCAAUCGCCGAAAGAUAACGGCAUCCCGCAGGUGCACUCGACCAGCUCGCGCCGCAACAGCAACGGCCACCACGACGGCGGUGGCGGUGGGGGCGGCUCGCCGAGCGAGCUGCGCGCGCGUAGCGGCGGCGGCGGCGGCGGCGGCGACCAGGGCCUGCUGAACUCCAGCGGGCAGCAGAUCCCGGACUCGCAGGCGGGCGUGGGCAUGAGCGUGGCGCUGGCGGGGGCGGGCGCGGCGUCGCCGCUGUGCUGCACGCUGUGCCGCGAGCGGCUGGAGGACACGCACUUUGUGCAGUGCCCCUCGGUGGCGUCGCACCGCUUCUGCUUCCCGUGCUCGCGCGAGAGCAUCAAGGCGCAGGGCGCGGGCGGCGAGGUGUACUGCCCCAGCGGGGAGAAGUGUCCCCUGGUGGGCUCGACCGUGCCGUGGGCCUUCAUGCAAGGGGAGAUCGGCACCAUCCUGGCCGGCGACGUUCGCGUCAAAAAGGAGCGCGACCCGUGAUGGCGACGGCGGCCGUGCGGUGGAUUGCGUUCGCCGUCGAGAGGGAAAAAAACAUUGGUGGUUAGGUUUGCUGUUCUGCCCGUCAUGUGUCUUUCAUUUGUUGCUCAUUUUUAAACUACGUGUGUGUAUUAUUGUUUAUGCCAACAUCACAUUUAGAGCAGGUCUAGUGUGCUUCUAGUAUGCCGUCCCUUCCGUCUUUGUUUAUGGAUUGACGGCAACGUAAAGGAGGAGCCCUGUGGGAGAUGACCGAGUUUUACCCGAGUACGCAGUGGCAGGGGCACUAUUUCGAAGAAGAACACCUCUCCAAUGAUGAUAAUUCCACUGAGCCGCCCACUAAGCCCGUAAGUGGAACGUUUUUAUAAAAUAUGAAAAAAUAAAUAUAUCUAUGCUGUACAUAAACACAUAUAUUUUUCGUUUUGAAAAUUUUUUAAAGAACGAAAGUUCCAAAUUGGUGCCAAUUGACAAAGCGGGGGGGGGGUGGGGGGAUGGGCAAAUUGGCGGCAAGGGGUGGCCUCGUGUACUGUCGUCGCCUUGCGGGGGGGGGGGGGGGCCCCGGGGGAGCCCCGGGGGGGGCCCCCUCCGCCUGAGACAACGAAAGUGGUUGUCCCAUCUGCAUUCGCGAGGCUCCCCCCCCACGCCGCACCAGAACGACGCAACUCGACAGCACCGCCAUCUGACAAAUUCACCCGCCCUCCACCGUCGCCUAGGCAACACCCCCUGGCAAAUUCCAGAAACGUGUAGACGCUUCACGGCCCUAUCAGAUAAGCCGUGCCGCGGCGCUUGAGGAAACCGCGGCAGAGCGAGGCUUUCCUUUAGAGUGAACCAGGCCCUGCAGGAGAGCAAGGAGGAGCGUGCGGCGGCGCAGGCAUUGCAGAUUGCCUGCGGUUGUCCUGGGGAGCGGCUGCCAGCAGGCCGUGGUCCAUUGGGACGUUGCUGAGGGGGGCGGUGGGGGGGGGGCAGUCUGAACGGUCAGCCAAGUGGGGGCCGAGGACGCCAGGACGCGGAUGCCAUUGUCCCCUUUGUGAGGCAAGACCGUGUCGUGCCGCUGCCGACGUGCGCAUGCUGUAACACUAACCGCACACGCUUCCAUGCACGACAGCCGGUGGCCGAAAAGGCGGUGACAAGGGGCACGGAAACCAGCCGCUCCGGUUUCACCCGCCUGCCUCGACAGAGCCCUGCUGCAUACUUUGCCCCAAUGCCCGUGCACGUUCCACCGUCGUCACCAUGAUUUUUUUUUACUUGAAAAAAAUAAUUUUCCCUUUCAGUAACGCCCGUCCCGGUUUUGGCCCGCCGUCGCUCGGCGUCCCGCGGCUGUAACGCACGGGGAGGAAUGGACUGGCUCCCCCGGUGAAGCACGGCAACGUCAAGCGCGAAAAAAACACUCACAGGUGGUGAUGUAGGGUUUACACGGAUCUAUCCGGGUCUUAGGGUUAUUAUUGUUGUUUUAGCUCGUCCACCUGUAUAAUCUCGCGCCGCACUGGUCGAUGAUCUUUUUUUUUGCCCACGUAUUCUUGAGUUUUGUUUUUGUACGUAUAUUCGGCUUAGAGAGAUGAAACUCGUUUGUACGGUUUUAGAGAGCACUGUUUGACAGUGUCCCAGGUACUUCAGGGGGAUCUCGCGAGCAGGAAGCGCCAGGCAACAAACUCAGCGAUAGCGAGGGUGGCGGAGGUCACGCCGCACCGUGCUUCGCGAACUUUGUACAUUUCUGUUUUUUUGUUUCCGAGGGUUUGCUUAAAAGAGGAAAUGCAUGUUUAGGAAAAAGUUUCAACAAAUCCCACAGAGAAGGUAAUUGGCACAGGCCCCAAGGGGGUGGGGGGGGCGGGGGGUUGGGAUUGAAGAAUGCAGUCGUCGUGCGUGUGUUUGCGUCUAAAGUGCAUUUAGUUGUAGAUUUGCACUCCCGCGGUAGUUGGAACUCUGCGGUUGGCUACGCGAUCGCACGAUCGGCGGCGUAAUGAGACCUUGGGCAGCAUUUCUAGUGUUGAUCUUUUUCGUUUCGUGCUUUUAAAGGUGAACAGUGGUAGGUUGUGAAGUUGGUGUGAUCACUACGUACUAUGGUGCUGUAAUGCAAGGAAACCUCACUAUCCGUAAAAAGAGACGGCCAGGGUAGUGGUUAACCGCAUGGAACGCAGUCAUCGCACGUGGACUCUCUUUUGAACAAUUUGAGUUGCGGUAAUCGCGUGUGAGUUUAAACUCAUUGUAGUGAUGGUGUUCCGACCCCAACUCUUACCAGAGUCUCGGAGUUAGUCUGGUUUUGAAUCCCACACCAGUCUCAUCGGAAUUCCACACGAGUCUGAUUCAAGCUUACACGCUAUAGUCUUAAUUCUCCCACCACUUCGAAUUGAAAUUCCACACCGGGUCUCGUAUUUUUCGGAGAAAUGAGGUUUUUUUUGUUCCAGCUCCCAGAUCCCUUCGCGCUUUACGAGUGUGAUUGGAGGCGGGUGGCUUGUGCGGGGUGGGGGGGAGACCUGUCUUGUACUGUGUGUGCAAACAAACAAUAAAACGCAACACAUGCCCUAACAGAACCGCACGGUAACUGGCUGCCCCGUGGACCACA